UUUCCUCUCUAGCUCCUCCAGUCCAAGUCCCCAGAAAUUGAACCCCCCUCUAAUCUUUAAACGUUGCAAAUCAAGAAGCAGCGUUAAUCCUUUCUCUCUCUUUUCCUCCUCCCUCCUUUUUUCCCACAACCGAAUACCCCAUCAUGCAGUCCAUCACUAGAGCCACUCGCGCUUCUGCGCUGAAGAACGUUGGCCGCCGCGCCUACUCUUCGUCGCAGUACGCCAAGACCAUCAACAACCUGCGCAUCAACAGCGACACCAAGGUCAUCUACCAGGGAUUCACCGGAAAGCAGGGAACUUUCCACGCUGAGCAAGCUAUCGAAUACGGCACCAAGGUUGUCGGUGGAACAAACCCCAAGAAGGCCGGCCAGACUCACCUUGGCCUUCCUGUCUUCAAGAACGUCUCAGAAGCCGUCAAGGCUACUGGCGCUACCGCUACUGGUCUCUUCGUCCCUCCUCCUCUGGCCGCUGCCGGUAUCGAGGAGGCCCUCGAGGCCGAGAUCCCCCUCGUUGUCUGUAUCACCGAGGGUAUCCCCCAGCAUGACAUGGUUCGCAUCACCGACAUGCUCAAGACUCAGGACAAGACCCGUCUCGUCGGACCCAACUGCCCCGGUAUCAUCGCCCCCGAACAGUGCAAGAUUGGUAUCAUGCCUGGUUUCAUCCACAAGCGCGGUCGCAUCGGUAUCGUCUCCCGUUCCGGUACCCUGACCUACGAGGCCGUCAACCAGACCACCCAGGCCGGUCUCGGUCAGUCUCUCGUCGUCGGUAUUGGCGGUGACCCCUUCUCCGGCACCAACUUCAUCGACUGCCUCAAGGUCUUCACCGAGGACCCCAACACCGACGGUAUCAUCAUGAUUGGUGAGAUUGGUGGUUCCGCCGAGGAGGACGCCGCCGAGUUCCUCAAGCAAGCCAACACCGUCAACGGUGGCAAGCCCGUCGUCAGCUUCAUCGCUGGUAUCUCCGCUCCCCCUGGACGACGAAUGGGUCACGCCGGUGCCAUCGUCUCCGGUGGUAAGGGUGGUGCCGACACCAAGAUCAAGGCUCUUGAGGAUGCUGGUGUCAUUGUCGAGCGCUCCCCCGCUGGUCUGGGCAAGGCUCUCUACAACGAGUUUGUCCGCCGCGAUCUGCUAUAAUUUUAUAACUAUACUACGUCUGCGCCUUCUGAGCGGCUUCGACGUUUCGGAAGGUGAGAUAUGUGUCUCAGUUGGGGGAAGUAAAUGAGUCAGUAGAGCCCGGUUCUUAUACUUGACCGAGGACUCGCUCAUGGAGGGCUAUUUGCAUCAUAUUGCAUGAUUUCUUCGUACGUACCUGAUAGAGCAAGGAUGGUCUGGCUGGCGCGCAGGCUAGAUUGUGGAAAGGACCAUUUGGUGUUGAACUUCCACAGGCGAGUGCGUGCCAUAACAUAACCCUCAGCACGCAAUGCGCCAAAAUGUCACAUUACACCAUGAACUACCUAUCUAAUGUCGAAAAGUGUUUCAAGCUA